AAAAUUUGCCCAUACUUUUUAUAAUUUCCUGUCCUGUCAUGCAAAUAGCAGCCUCGCCUCGCCUCGCCCUUUAGUUGUAGGCUCAGUAGACUUUAACCCCUCCACCCCAUUUUAACCCGCAUGACAAUUGCUCCCUCCGCCAGCUCAUUCAACACCCAACCAUAGCGCUCUCUCUCUCUCUCUCUCUCCACAUAUUACUCUUUUCAACGUUUUCUCCACCAGAUCUCUCGGAGUAUGCCUUGGAGAUGCGUGCGUGUUGAGAUUUUCCUACUGUGGUUUUCUGGGUUUUUCGCUUUAUAUACCCAUACACAUUCUCUCCUCCUAUCAUUCCUCUCAGCAGACCCAUGUUCUUCUGAUGCGUUUCUGUGAGUUUCUGGGUUUGCUUCGGUUUUGCUUCUCUGCUUGAUCUGUUCUGCUGCCGCCAGAGACUUCUUUCUUCUUCUUCUUCUUCCUCCUCCUCUUCUAUUUUUAUUUCUGUGUUUUUUUUUAGGGGGGGAGGACCGGGGAGAGAAAAGCGAGAAGGAUGGAUAGCGGCGUGGAGAAAGAGAGCGUAUUGGUUUUUAGCGAUGAGGAGUUGAGGGAGAUAAGUGGGGUUAAGAGGGGAGGAGACUUUGUGGAGGUGACGUGCGGGUGUACCAGUCAUCGCUAUGGUGACGCUGUUGGGAGGCUUAGGGUUUUCAUUGGAGGUGAUCUCGAAAUCAGUUGCGAAUGCACCCCUGGUUGUCAGGAAGAUAAGUUGACCCCUGCCGCAUUUGAGAAGCAUUCUGGAAGAGAAACUGCUAGAAAGUGGAAGAACAAUGUUUGGGUCAUAGUUAACGGGGAGAAAGUUCCAUUAUCAAAGACAGUGCUGCUUAAGUACUACAACCAAGCCUCAAAAAAUGCUAAUAUGUCUCACAGAUCACAUAAUGGAAAGGUUUGCCACCGUGACGAGUUUGUUCGCUGUACUAGGUGUAACAAGGAGCGCAGGUUCCGUCUUCGGACCAAAGAGGAAUGUCGGAUCCACCAUGAUGCUUUGGCUGACCAAAACUGGAAAUGUCCUGAUCUGCCAUAUGACAGGAUCACAUGUGAUGAUGAUGAAGAACGAGCCAGUCGAAGGGUGUAUAGGGGUUGCUCUCGUUCCCCGACAUGCAGGGGUUGUACUACCUGUGUGUGUUUUGGGUGUGAAUUUUGUCGUUUUUCAGACUGCAGUUGCCAGACUUGCACAGACUUUACAAGGAAUGCUGCAGCUUGAGUUUCCAAACAACCAUUUAGCCCCAAUAUUCCGCUUGUUGGGUGGUUCGUUCUUCCCAUUGUUGCUUCAUGUUAAGCCCGCUGCGCAUUUAAAAAGGAAAAAAAAAAAAACAUUUAGCGGCAUUGUCCUUGUGUUAAGACUUCUGAACCUCAGUUCCGGGAUUCAUUUUUCUCCUCAUUGGCUGGUGUGAAACCUGCAGUUUUUGUAAUUUUAAUACCCCUCAUUCAAGACU